AGAUGAUGUCCCUUCGCACUCUUACUCGCUCCGCCCCCCGCUCCAUUGCGCGGUCUCUUGCUGUCUCCUCCCGCGCAACUGUCUCCAGACCCGUUGCCGCUGUUUCUCAGAAUGCUUUCACCUUGAAGCAGAUCACCAAGCCUGCCUAUGCUGCUUUUUCGACCUCUCGGGCUUUCAAGCAGGCCCCCGGCGAGGGUGACGUCGAGCUUGUUGCCAAGCUUGAGGAUGAGCUCAAGCACGAGAAGGCCUCCGGCCUUGAGGACCUGGAAGGCUCCGUUCAGAACAUCCAGUAUGUUCUGCAAAACAACUCCUGGGAGGUCAAGGAUAUUCCCGGCGAGCAGGAAGUCACUUUGACCAAGAAGUUCGGCAAGGAAGAGAUCCGCCUUACUUUCACCGUUGCAGACCUCCAAAACCUGAGCGAGCAGGAGGAUUUCUCCGCUGAUGGUCUGAUGGACGCAAACGACUUCGGAAGCCACCAGCCUGCUAACCAAGGUCGCGCAGGCAUCUCCCAGCUUCCCGAGGACCGCAUCGCUCCCUCCGACCGCGACGAAGUCGACAUCGACGACCUUGAGCCCGGCUUCCCCGCUCGUGUCAAUAUCACCAUCGAGAAGCCCGGCAGCGGCGCUCUCCUGGUCCAGACCAUGUGCACCGAUGGCGUGUUCCAGGUUGAGGAGGUCUCCUACUUCAACAAGCCCGACUUGGCUCUUGCGCAGACCGCCGAGAAGGACUGGGCUAGACAGAGCCUGUACGCCGGUCCUCCUUUCGAGAACCUCGACGAGGAGCUUCAGAACUUCAUUGACCGCUACCUUGACGUGAGAGGCAUCAACGCCGAGCUUGCCACCAUGAUCCCCGACUACAUCCAGGUCAAGGAGCAGAAGGAGUACGUCCGCUGGCUCGAGAAUGUCAAGAACUUCGUCUCUGCUUAGAUCAGGCGGACACAGACGUUCUUCCCGAUUCCUGCACAGCAUGCUAUUGAAUGAUGCGUUUUAACUCUCACAAAUAUAUCAUCUGUCACUCCUGUUUUCAACAAAGCAGGCUUUAUGGUCAAUAAUGAGGUAGUGCUGCUCGUCUUACAGUCCUACUAUGUAACAACAUAGAAUCAAAUUUCACAAAAAAAAAAGUAAUUUUGACUGG